AUGAAGAGAAUCGCAAAUCCGGAAUCCUCCUCCUCCUCUGGAGCAAAGAAGCGCCGGCGAGAGAAAGAGGAGGAAGAGAUUGGUUGUAGUCACGCUGCAAAUGAAGAUAGAGGAAAAUUAUCUGAGGAUCAAUGUCAUCCUCUCCAGGAUGAACUUACCUUUAGCGAUACUUCUGUGGCGCUUCGGAUGAUGCGAGCUCAGUUUCCUCGUAUUGAACAGUCUUCGGUGCCUCCAUUCAUAUUACAGUCGCAAUUAUACAGUAGCGUCAACGACAGAACCCAAGUGGAUAGAGAACUAGAGAGUUUACGGAGGGAGAAAGUUGUUCGUGUUUUCAAACUCAACACAGGACAAGAUGAUCAUGCGAUAAUCUUUUUGGAUGACUACCUUAACCAGGUUGAUCGAAUAGAGAAGAGGAUGGAAGAGAAGAAACAGAGCGAUGUUGAAGUUUUCAAGUGGUUCAAAGAGCAUGUCAUUGAUUCAAGACUUGAACCCGGUAUUCGACAUGAUGAGCUUUGUUCUCUCUUGUCAUUAGGCGGGACGGUGAAGGAUGCGCACAUCACUCUCUUAAUCAACGCAGGCCUUCUCACACGCCAACUUAUCGAUCCAGACAUGUACUGGUUUACUGUUCCGAGUGUCGGUAAACUGUGGAAGGGUCUGUUGCAGGGAAGGAAGGAGCUCCUCUCAUUGCUAAAGCACAAGCGACAUAAAGAGAUGUUCUUGGCCCAGCUUGAAAAGAAAAGGCUUCGUUUUUCUCCUCUGGAUAUGAGAUUUCACAUUCGAGAUCUCAUUGGCUCCGGUCACCUCAAAACGUUUCAAACAACUUCUGGCUUAGUUGUUCGGGUUUCAAGGGACUAA